GAGGUAAGCCGGUUGGUACGGUUGGCGCCGGACUCCCCAACUGGCUUCCGCAGCAGCACACCAGGCCUUGGCACUGCCAUGAUGUGAGGACGAGCCUGCGGUGGCAUGUGCUGGAACCAAUCCCUGAAUUGAUCUGGAAAGCCCUGAAAAGCUUACAGCAAAAGGGGGCGAUCAUAUCGGAUCCUCUUUGGGCGUUGUUCAACCAGCUUCAUCCUCAUUAGCGCCGACCUCGGCCCAUCGCUGAUCCAACCUUAUAAUAACGGCUGUGGGCGGCACUCACCUGAACUAUAACUUAUCAUCUAAAUCUAAACCACGCAACACAGCAGUAAUAACUCACCAUCAUGUGCAUCGUAAUAUUCACAACAGCGCAUCCAGACUAUUCACUCAUUCUCAUCGACAACCGUGAUGAGUUCAUCCUGCGACCUACGUCUCGGCCGCACUGGUGGACGCACCCCGAGUCGGGCAGCGAUGUCCUUUCGUCGCGGGACCUCCAGAGAGCAGCAAAGGGCACUUGGCUAGGCAUUACCAAGACCGGUAACUUGGCAGUGCUAACGAACUAUCGGGAGGUCGACAGCGAUGACGCGCAGCACCCAGUACAUGGCAUCAAAAGCCGUGGCCGCAUGGUCAACAUGUGGCUUGGAGGGCUUCCAGAUAACGGAAUAAUGAAGGGUGUAGAUGAGCUUGUCCAAGGUGGCGGCGUCAAGGGCGUGGGGGGAUUCUCGAUGGUAUGCAGCAAGCUUAGACGAAAGAACGGAGGCAUCGCAAUUGUGAGCAACAGGGCGGCUGAUGUGAAGGAUGUCCCGCUGGUCGGUCUUGAGCGGGAUGGCGUCUGGGGGCUGAGCAAUACGGUAUAUAACGACCCCAACGAGUGGCCCAAGGUGGCUGCGGGAAAGCGCCUAUUGAAGGAGACGGUGAUGAAAGCCGCGGCGAACAAGUCUACCGAAGACGAGCUCAUUGCAAGCCUCUUCUCAGUCCUUGAUACCGAAUCCAUGCCGGAGCGACCUCCAGGAUCAAGUCUGCAAGAGUAUAUGGACUCGCUGAGGCACACCAUCUUUGUGCCCCCAAUCGGCGAUGAAGUCCACCGGGUGGAGAUGGAAAAGGCCACUGCGAAAGGCCGCAUCCUAUGGGCGGAUCUUAAGAAUAAUCGGAGGGCAGUCGAAGAGCUCAAGCAGGAAUCAAGGCCAGGCGUCACCCCAAGCACAAGCCCGCAUCCAUCGAUGGGCUUUGAAGAGGGUAUGUAUGGAACGCAGAGACAGACAGUGAUGCUGGUAGACAACGAAGGCAACGCGACGUACGUGGAGCGUGCUCUUUGGGAUGCCAAUGGAAACGAGAUACCCCGAGGAGAAGGAGACGUUGUUUUCCGGUUCAAAAUCGAAGGCUGGGACGAAUAAUUGAGGAGACUGGUCUCUAUAUAACGGUAUUCGAGGUGAAGAGAAGUUAUAAUGUAUGAUGGGCGAUGUAUGGCACAAGGUCUUUGGCACCGAUCCAAGAUGAAAGCAUCGCGGUGCGAAUGGCAUCAAUAGACGGAGGAAGCAGGAGGCUGACCAUAGAACAGUAAAGAUACACAGGAACAAGGAGACUGUGAGAGAACUAUGGCAAAGAGAUAGCAAGAUUAAUCGCUGAAUAACAUAUUAAUGGAAAAGACAAAGUCCAGCGGAAUAACCGCAAGGCCGGCGCAUCUUCGAGUGGGCAGGUGCUGCCAGGCCUGCCAGAUGUCAGUUUCUGCCAAAGUGCUUUUUCGCAUCUGCCUCAGC